GCCAGCGCGGCGGUUGGGAGCGUCGCGAGCGGCCGGGGAGUGACCGCCGGGCCUGAGGGGAGGGGCCGCCGGGCCAGCAGCAUGGCGCCUGGGUGCGAGCCGCCGCCGCCACCGCCGCCUCAGCCGCCCGCCGCCAUCGCCUCAGCGCCGGGGCUCUUCCGCCGCCUCGUCCUGCCGGCCUGACGGCGACGGCGGGAGCGAGCGGGACCGUCUGGGAGAGGAGACCGCGACGGGAGGGCGAGAAGGGAGGGGGAGAAGGGGGCGCCCGCCCGCCCAGCCUCCCCGCCCGCCCGGCCGGCCGGCCGGCCAUGGAGCUCGCCAAGCCGGUCUUCCCCGCGCUGCCGCAGCCCAAAGACGACUCGGAGGACUGGACAUAUCCAAUGAGAAGAGAGAUGCAGGAAAUAUUACCUGGGUUGUUCUUAGGCCCGUAUUCUUCAGCUAUGAAAAGCAAGCUACCUAUACUUCAGAAACACGGGAUUACCCACGUAAUAUGCAUACGGCAAAAUAUCGAAGCAAACUUUAUCAAACCAAACUUCCAGCAAUUAUUUCGGUAUUUAGUCUUGGAUAUUGCAGAUAAUCCCAUUGAAAAUAUAAUAAGAUUUUUCCCUAUGACUAAGGAAUUUAUUGAUGGCAGUUUACAAACUGGAGGAAAAGUUCUUGUCCACGGGAACGCGGGGAUUUCCAGAAGUGCUGCCUUAGUUAUUGCAUACAUUAUGGAAACAUUUGGGGUGAAGUACAGGGAUGCAUUUACAUACGUGCAAGAAAGAAGGUUCUGCAUUAAUCCCAAUGCUGGAUUUGUUCAUCAACUUCAGGAAUACGAAGCCAUCUAUCUCGCUAAGCUAACCAUCCAGAUGAUGUCGCCUCGGCAGCUGGAGCGAUCACUGUCUGUUGCUACAGGAAGUUUGAAACGGACUCACGAAGAGGACGAAGAAGUCAGCAAUAUGCAAGCAGCGACCCAAAACGGCUGAGGCCGAGGACCCCACGGAGUUGUGGCCUGGGGAUUCCCAUCCCAUGACAGCUGCUAAUUUCAGCAGGUUGGACAUUUAAAGGCCGGGGGGGCGGGGAAAGGACACCGAAGCUCGACCUUCUGAUGCAAACCUGCCCCUCAGUAGCACACCAGGCAGGAUUUUAUGAUAUCGGACUCCUGGACUGACCGGAUGGCACUGAUUGUUUUACUCCUUUUUUUUUUUACACUUUAUAGUUUUACCCUAAACCAAGAACUUUUUUUGGACUUGCAAAGAGGUAUUAUUGCAAUAAUGCACUUUUCAUACUUGAAAUUUCUUUAUUUGAUAAAGUUAUUACUUUAAACAAACGCAAGUUUGGGUGGGGAGGAUUUGUUUAUAAAGUUAUUUGUGUAAUUUAUAACAAAAAGUCUUUAGUAAAAUAAUAAAAAAAACCUUCUUAAA